GGACAUAAAAGCACAACAUGCUCUUCAGAGGUCUCAAACCAAGUUACAACUUUCUUCUGAAGUCCCACACCGUAUAUAAAGAACAGAGGAAUAGAUGAGACUUUUUUUUUCUUCUCUUUCUCUCUCCCCAGAACUUGGCUGGAUCUCAAAAGUGCAUGUGAAUCGACCCGCAGUGGUGAGGCAUGCAGAACGAAUUAAAAAAUGGAGAACCGUGAAAGGUAAUUGGCAAGCUGCUUGGCUGCUGAAAGCUGUCACCUGCAUAGACCUUACCACUCUUUCUGGUGAUGAUACUCCUUCAAAUGUUCACAGACUGUGUUUUAAAGCAAAGCAUCCCAUCAGAGAGGAUCUGCUGAAAGCUUUGGACAUGCAUGAUAAAGGUAUUACUGUUGGAGCGGUUUGUGUAUAUCCUGCAAGAGUCACCGAUGCUGUUAAUGCCCUAAAGGCUGCUGGUUGUAACAUACCAGUAGCUUCAGUGGCUGCUGGGUUUCCAUCUGGACAAACUCCUCUAGAAACCAAACUGUCUGAAAUAAAGCUGGCUGUGGAAUAUGGUGCCAGAGAGAUUGACAUUGUCAUCAGCAGGAGUCUGGUGCUGACUGGCCAGUGGGAAGGUCUCUAUGAGGAGAUCCGUCAGUGCCGUGAGGCCUGUGGAGAAGCUCAUAUGAAAACAAUCUUGGCAACAGGUGAACUGGGUUCUCUUGCUAAUGUCUACAAAGCCAGUAUGAUAGCUAUGAUGGCAGGUUCUGACUUUAUAAAAACGUCUACAGGAAAGGAGGUAGAAAACGCAACCUUUCCAGUUGGAGUAGUCAUGAUGCGAGCCAUUAGAGAAUUCUACUGGCAAACUGGCCACAAGGUUGGAUUUAAACCUGCUGGGGGCAUUCGGACGGCAAAAGAAGCUAUUACUUGGCUUAUGCUGGUGAAGGAGGAACUGGGAGUGGAAUGGCUAACGCCAGAGCUCUUUCGCCUGGGUGCCAGUAGUUUGCUGGAAGACAUUGAGAAACAGAUUUUCUAUCAUGUGACUGGCUCUUACGCACUUCAGCAUGACCUGGCAAUGGCUUAGGCACAAAACCAACUCAGGAUUACUUUUACAAAAGAGGUCUUUAAGCAAACGGCAUUCAGAAGUCUUCUGACAACCAAGUGCAUAUGAUAGAAUUAAAGGCCUAAUUCUCCCUUCUUCAUAUUUUAUAGUAUUUAAAAAUAUGC